GACAUCCGGCAUCUUCCCGUCCUUUAGCUACCGAUAUACCACAGUCAACGAUAUCCUAAACCCAAAGAAGCAGAAGUCAACGACAACCAUCUGACACUCGAUAUUUUACUCAUGAAAAGCGCUCCCCGCUGAUUCGUCAACUCAACUGAAUGCAAAAUUUCAUCAAAGUCGUCAGAUGCAGGGCUCUGGCCCCGUCUCCAGCAGCUGAAGCACACCAGCCCUGUCCACUCUGAUCAACGUCCACGGCCUUCCUCCUUGCUGAGCCAUGACCACUCAGAGGGAUCUUGAUAUGGUGCACCUCCGCCUUAUCCUGGUCAGUGGGAAGACGCAGGACUUCACUUUCUCCCCAAAUGACUCGGCCACAGACAUCGCCAAGCAUGUAUUUGAGAACUGGCCUGCUGGAUGGGAGGAGGAGACUGUGAGCAGUCCCAGUAUACUGCGCCUCAUCUUCCAGGGACGCUUCCUUCAUGGCAACGUUACCCUGGGAGCUCUGAAGCUGCCACCGGGCCGAACAACUGUCAUGCACUUGGUUGCCAGAGAGACUCUUCCAGAGCCCAACUCUCACGGUCAAAGGAACAGAGAAAAGACCACAGAGAGCAACUGCUGUCUCCUCUUGUAAAGCAACAGAAGACCCUCAACCACACACACACACACACACACACACACAGACAGACAUAACACACACAUAUAUACAUGCAUACACCGUGUCUCUUCUGCCUGUCAUCCUGUCAGCUGUGGAUUUAGAAUAAAUCAGAAGAAGUCUGGUUGGACCGUCGCCAGCUUUUGGUUGAACGCUUGUCCAAUCUGAGGCUUUUUUUUGUGCCAAUAUAUUCACUUUUUUCGCCCCCAAAAAUGUUACCGUGUCGGCCGAAUUUGCCGUUGUAGUUCCUUUUUAUUUAAAGAUCAUGACAUUAAACUUACCUUACGCUCCCUGUUUGCUGCUGGACAAGUUUCACAGAGCUGUCGUACGUAGUGGAGGAGACCACAGAAGUGGUUGCUCAUCGUGGACACAGUUGCUAUAAAGGAUGUGUUGGCUAUUACCUUUCCCUACUAGUCACAUGGAUGUUUCCCCAAGUCUUACUGAAUGGUGUUAACCCCUCUCUUUGCACUUAACCAGUUUGUUAAUUCAGAAAUGUUUAUUGUGUUUCAUCGCCAUCAUCUUUUCUCCCCCAAUGGCUUUUUUUUUUUUUUUUUUUUAAAUUUUGGUCAGAGGAACAGACCUUAAUUCCCCACGUGGUAGAAAAUGUGCCAUCCUCCUCCUCACGAGACUGUUUCUCACUAACUGAACCGGUCGGUCUGUAUCAGCACCAGUGGCGUUUCCUCCAUUACCAUACACCUGUUUAGUUCCUGGAAAUGGACCAAUGGUGAAAAGACUUUUAUAAUGUGGAGUAAACACCCGAGGGGACGUUCAGGUCCAUGAGAAACGCCUUGUAGAAGAUGGAGUCGGGAGGAUUCGGUGGGUUGCUUGUGUGCCAUCGGGUGUCAUUUUCGCACCUCUGGCUUUGACUUUAUUGACGAGGAUGUCGGCGCUCUCGCGACACGGCGGGCCAGUUAAACGCAGACAAAGGAAGCGGUUGAAGAUGGGAGGGAGGAGUGUCAGUGUGAGGAACCCCCCCACUGGACACUGAGAACAGGGGGAGAGUUUCUGCCACUUGGAUGAAGAGUCGUAAGGAAAAUCUUUUGGUGUUGUUUCACCUCCUUUUCAUUUGGAUGCCGUCUUUACUUCAUGUUUGCCUUUUAUCGUGGAAUUCAGUAAUAUCAUUAAUAUUGAAAUUUAAAUAUAUCAAUUUUUAUCUUGUGUAAAGGUAUUUGUUCAAUUUUAGUGUGGGUGAGUGUGUAUGAGUGUGUGUGAUGCACGUGGCAUACUGUAUGAGGACUGGUUGAGGGCAUGUGGUCUUUAAAAAAAAUAAAAGUGAUGCACUGGGAGUGUUGAUGGGCUGCGGUUUCUUCAGAAACAGUCGGAAACCUUUUGAUUCCUUCCAUUGAGUGUCCUUUGGUUUGUGUUUUAGUCAAUCAAUGUCACUGCUAUGAAGUUUAGCCCAGUAUGAUUAAAUGUAAAAAAACUAAAAUGCAAUGUGGUCUACAUAAAAGCUUGUAUUAUAAAUUAAUAAAUCUUUAAAUAAGG